AAACCCGCAGCAAAUCCGCAUUGUCUUCUAAUUCUCUUUUGUAACUGGAAUGUAUUCAAAUGUUUGACCCCUGGUGAAACUAUCAAAACAACUGUAUCAAAAUAAAUGUUACUGAUAGCAUUAAUGUCACGAAACGUCCAUAUCCACGAAAUCCAUCAGCUUUAACUUUUAUCAUUUGCGUUACUUUUGCAUUGUGCAACUGAUUAUCGAAACCAACUGUAGCCUGAUCAUCAUCGGAGAGAGUAGCCAUGUCGACGUCGGCCAAACCUGUGGAGCGACAUGAAAUGAUGGCCGAGGAGUGGAUACAAUUCGAGCAGAACAAGUCAAUGUUUUCCAAGUUCAGAAUUCUUACAAUUCUUCUCGCUGUGAUUGCCGUUGUUGUUCUUAUCGUGGGAAUUGUGCUGAUAGCGCUAGCAGCCAAGAGUGAAAAGAAAGAUUGUCAAGAUUGCAAAGAAACGAAAGAGGAGAAAGAACCUGGAAGCAGUGGCGGGCAAACCUCUACAUCUUUUUGUGAAUACUCGGAGGAGGCCAAACGGAUCGGGCUGCAAGACAUUCUGCUGCGUGCGAAGAAGAGCUAUUAUGAGAAUAACCCCUUCCAGGUACCAACUGAUCCUGAGGCGACUCGAGAUGAGAUCAAGAAGAUGUACACAGCUUACAACCCAAAACCAGAAUACAUUAAAAAUGUCACCGACGCUGCUCGGGAGCUACUAAAAGAGGUCAACGAAACAAAAGUAGAUACUAACAAGCUUAAACCUCGGGAGAGGAAAGCUCUAUCACAGCUCAGGCAUUUUCUUAAGACAGUGUUCGGUCAGCCCUAUGACAUGAACUAUUACACUGGACACUGGAUGAUGGGGCCAACAUUUUUUUGUUACAAACAAGCGAUCUGCAAUGGUGGCAAACAUUUGUCUUCCAUGCUGAAGAGACUGAAGCCUGGAGACUUGGAAGACGUGGAACUGAUUGAAGAGAAGCUGAAAAGUCACAAAGAAGGUAUUUUGCAGUACAAGAAAAAUAUAAUGAUGGGAAAAUUCCAUGGAAUGGUAUACAAUCAAGAGGCAUGCGUCGGAUCACGUAAUGCAAUAAGAGGAUUUUAUCUAAAUAUCGCUUUAAAGAACGAAACAGGUUUGUUCUUGAUCUUGGUUAAUAACUCUAUUAUUGUCUCCAGAAUUAAAUGGUAUUCUUCAAACACGCCACGGAAUUUAUGACAACCGGUUACAGCGGGUUAACUGAUAGUCCUAAUAGCUCUUUGAACCUUUUACUUCCAGAGAGAGCGAUAACAAGUUUUGUAUAAAGGCGAUUUUCAGUUUUGAGACUGUGGAUGAAACCCGGGGGAUGAAAUCCCAUGGCGUGACAAUUCAAAUCAAACCUCUUUGACAGAUAGAGCUAUUUAUUUUUGCAAAUUAAAACAUUCGAUUAUAACACGUAUUUUAAAACAAAAAGUCUAACGUAAGUGACAGAGAUAAGAAAUCUGUCCGUCAGAGACACACAGAGACACAACGGGGUCAUAAGGAUGUGGGCGUAUUUAAAGGCUGGGUGGCCGUAUUUAGCAGGGAAGGGUCAAAUUUGAUGGCCGGUAUCUUCGAGUAACGCCAUGACAGUAUUUUGAAACAACUUGAGGCCAUUUUAGGAGCGAAAGACACGACAUUUGACAGACAUUUUUUGUUUGCCUCACAGUUCCCCUUCUCAGUUGGUUUGAGUGGUCGUUUUCAAACUUGGUGAAAUGGCCAAGAAAUAUGCCGGUUGGUCACUGCAAUGUGGCUGCAAAGUAAUGCUAUAGGGCUUUCUCAUAACCAAGUGUACGGCAUUUUUUUGCUGGAACCAACCAAAGUGGCCCAUCAUUAUUAUCACUACACGCGGCCAAUUGACAAACUGCCAUCUCUGAAACGCUCCUUUUCGCGAGCCAAACUGCAAAGUGCGGGCUGUAAAUGGAAUUUGCAGCCCGCAACAUGAUUUGUAUUAUUUGCCCUUGUCUAUUGAUAGUAAUGAUAAUCACAUGACUUUUGUCGGGCAUAUAGUUUAUCUGUGUCCCCCGUAGCAUCAUUGCACCCUAGCUCCGCUCGGGCGCAAAUGAUGCUACUCAGGCCGAGAGUAAACUAUAUGCCCUCCAAAAGUCAUGUGAUUAUCUUAUUUACACCUACUUGAACUGCAAUAGCGUUCAUAGAAAAAUGAAAAACAGGCAACUGGAAAAAGUUAAUUAAAUAGGAGCAAAGUAGGCACGCUCACUACAUUCAGGGAUCUUUUCUAACGAGAGAAAGAAGGCGAAACAUCUUAAUUAACAGUUUCCAAUUUACUUUCUUUCGAAUUAAGUGAUGUGAAAAUGUAUUACUACGGCUGUCUUGAAAAAGUUUUUCGUUUUGUUUUUACUUUUUUGUACCUCGAUGACGUUUUUGCAAUAACUGUCUUGGAUGUCAAAUUAAGCGUAAGGAGAAUUGCUCAACUUAUUUAGCAGCCUAAACUAUGAUGGAAACAAAGUUGACUGUUACAGCCGGUUCAGUACCAGUCUCGUAAACGGAAACAUUGUUGGUCCAUAUUUAUUGUUCUUUGCACCGGCAGUUGUCGCGUGCGUCUUUCAGUUGCUGAUCAUAACUAGUUCUCAAUACCUACUUCUCAGUCCAGAUCUACACUUUAAUGAUGAUUAAGCUAUAGCCUUCGAAAGCAGGGGCGGGGACAAGUCGGGGUUGAGAGAAGCGAAGACCAGAAAUACGUCUGGGUUGGCAGGUCAGGCUAGGGCUGAAAAUGUCAAGUUUAGAAUAUCUGUAGGAUGGCCAUUUCCUCAUGUUCCUUAUUUACAGGUGUUUUGGAAGAGAGUUACGUGCGAGAAGUCCUCGACGGCGAUUAUUUCUCCAAUAUCACAGAAGAAAUGAAUACAACAUGGAAAAAACUUCGUGGUAAAUCUGUCAAGGAAUCUCUAAAUGAAUAUCUCGUGGAAAAUGUGGGGAAACCGAUGAGUCAGUUGUUGAGGUAAUAAUGUGAUAUAAAAAAGACGUAAAAAGCGUAACUCAAUCUUGUGGCUUGCACGUUCGCUAGCGUUUCCUUAAGCCUUUUACUUUUAUAUUGGCCAUUUUCAGGGGCACCCAGCGGGAAUUUUGAGAAAAAAAACUUGAAAACAACAACAGAGCAUGAAUAAAGCUUUCUGAAGCCUUUUUAAGCAUUUUGGAAGAUUUCUGGUAAAAAUUUAUCUACUCGCCACUCCCAGCAAGGCUGGUGGAAGAGUUCCCAGCCAGCAAGGUGCACCUACAACCUGCAACCUGACUUACUGGGAAGUUCCCCAGCAGACGCAUGUCUAGACCAUUACUGGCUAGUUUGGGUGUGGUCAUAGGGCAAAAUUCAGCCCUUCCGUUGGGGAGGAGGGGGGGGGGGAGACGAUAAGAAAUUGGGUGGGGACAGAUGUUUCUGACAAAUAGCACACAGCAGCUAUUCCACACAUCAAAUCCCCUCAGACACCCUGCAUUGUCUAUUUCCCAGGAACACUUUCCUUCCAAGGACAUACUAUUUUUUCCAAAUCUCCCAGCCAGCAAAAAUUGGCCUGUAGAACAGACUGAGGAACAGAUGCAAUGGGUGCCGCUGCAUUGCCAAGACUCACGAUUUUGUCGUUUGUCGCUCACGAUUUCACGACCCAUCACGCUCUCACGCUUACUCGAAAACUAACCGUCCAAAAAAGUUUUAGAACUUCUGUAGGGUUCGCUUUUAAGGUUCGGUAGCAAACUCAAAAGCGGAGAAAUAUUUUGAAUAAAAACUUGAUAAGGUGGAUUAGCUGCCGUCUCAAAAUCUGCCAUCCUGUUGCAUGAAUUCUAGCUUACAUAUAAAAAGGCAUUAAGAACUCUAAGAGGAAAACGCAACUAAAAAAAAAGCUUUGUGUGGGUUCUUAAACAAGCAAUAGUCAGAAGGCAAUAAUGAGUACAAUCAAACCCCGCUUUACGGACACCCGCUUAAUACGCACACCUCAUUACGGACAGUUUGAUUCGUACCUCGGGAAAGAAAGCCCUUACAGUUUUCCGCCUAAAUUCAAUCAGCUUAAUAUGGAUCGCCCUGUUUAAGAGAAUCCGGAUUCCUGAUUUUUCUUGUGGAAUCCGGAAUCCUGGGCUUUGGAAUCCGGAAAACAGCGCAAGGAAUCCGGAAUCCUACUAAGGAUUUGAAUCCAGAAUCCAAGUUCUACCGACAAAGACUGGAAUCAAGUACAGUGUACCUGAAAUCUAAGACUGUCUUGGAUUCCCUUAUAUAGGGCGAAUAUGGACACUUUCUAUGGCCCCUUAGUGUCCGUAUUAAAGGAGUUUGACUGUAAUUAAGGACUUUGCUGCCUUUCUCGCAGAUAUCUCGAGCAUGACCAUUACCGCCAUUGCGUACCAAGUAACGUGUCCAGCGGAUUAGCCACCCUGCCAUUGGAUCAUGUCUGGGUUGAUGGCAAAGAAAAUAAGUCUUGGCCUACCAACAAAAAGCUACCGACUGGCGAAAUGUUGGACGGUAAAAUGGCGUACUCCGAGAUAAUGGCAUUUUUCACUACGAAUGAAAUGACGCCGGAUUAUGUUAACAAAUUAGGAAAAGAGCAGUUGAAAAAGCUUUAUCCACAGGUGAGCACUCAGAUAAGGGUAUUUAUUAAAGAAAGGACCACAAAAGUGUUUGAUUCCUAACCUGUUGUCCUUUCUUUUUAAACGGGAGAAUUCAAGAAACUCGGCCUUCUUGUUCUGCACUUCUUUGUUCAACCAGAUAAAAAGAUGAAUCUUGUACACAGUUCUCCCCUCUGAUUGUAAGUUUUUGGAGGACUGGGUACGAGAUUGACGAACUAAAGGUGCGUUGUGGGAAAUAUAACGUUCUAAGUCUGUGUAGCAACAUCGUCAUUAUAUACAACAAUGGUCACCGCAGUUGCAUUAUAUUAAGUUUAUUUGAAGUUUUUGAUAACCAGUUAUGUCAUAAUUCGCAGUUGUCAUAGUAUCGUAAUAACAUCAUUAUGCAUUUUUCUUGCAACUAAUAUUUCGGGAGAGUAUAGCCAUAAACACACGACGGCUAAUACGGUAUUUGUAAGCCCUUUAUCUGAACGUUGGACGUCGUCUAUGAAAUGUUAAUGAUCAGAAACAACACACCAUGGACGUUUGUGAAGUUCAAGGAUAUAGGGCACGCUCAGCCAGUCCCUGACCAUUCGAGAUGCAUUAGAUGAAAGGAAGGCCCGUAAGCUGCCGUAGAAGACAGCAAAAUUAUUUUCCUAGACGUCUACUUUUUUCUCUUCCACCUUCUGUCCCGUAAUCUCGUGGGAACGUAAGCCGCAACCCUUGCACUCGCUGUACCAUCUAUUAGAAAUCUCCAAAAAAUAUAUGCCGUUAAUUAACUUCGUGGUACAAGAAUGGAAGGCGAUUGCAGACGAUAUACAGUAAACUGCCGUUUAUAAGUCCCUCGGAAGGGAUUUUAGAAGGGCUUACAAAAGCAGGGGCUUAAAACCGGAUAGAAAAAGCGCUUUGAAACAAGCUAUAGCAGUGCUGUUCAAAAUGACGCUUUCAAGCUUUUUAAAAAACGUCAUGACAAAUCGAAUUCUUUUCAGUGCAUUUGGAGGAGGCCUUAUAUCCGGUGGGGGCUUACAGUGGGAUUUUAAAUUUUUUUGUUGUUGUUUACAGGUAGAUGGGCCCAUAACUAGGGGUGGAGGCUAGAGGCAGUUAACGGUAUCAAACCAACUAACAAGAAACAACAAAAGAAAUGCUUACCCUGACUAUGACAGUAUAACAGUUGUUGGGUUUAAUUCAUGUGAGUUAUUUGCAUGUUCUUUAUAUUUAGGCAAAGGAAAUUGCUAAGAAAGUUACUGGCAAAAACAACGAAAGUGAAGCCAUCAAAGAUUUCAGAAGCAAGUUAGAUUCUCCCGAUAAUUUCUUCAAUAAAGACCCGUUUCCUGACAAUGAGUCAGAUGCUCAAGCGCAUGUGCGAUGCAGCACUAUCGAGGGAGCCAAGAAAUAUUGUCCCAUGAGAUGGAAGGCUCUGCAAGAAUGGUUCAAAGAAGCUAGAAUGGUAAGCUUAUUUGUUUGUUUUGUCAGACGCGGACGUACAGGUAGAGAGAAACGACGACGCAAGAUAGAAAUGAUUUUCUGCCGUCAAUGAUAACUAUAAUGCCAUUGAGAAUUUCGACUUUUAGUCUUGAAUAGCACUGGAAAAAAAUAUCCUCUUUCUAACGUUACGUCUGCCAUUAAGUCAAGCGCGGCCGGGCGCAACGACUUCAUAAGGUCCCGGGUACAGCUGUUCAUUGCCAAGGAAACCUAGACUACUAGUAGUCCCCCAUUUGUCCUCUGGGAUAGUAGAGUGAGCGAAACGCGAGCGCGCGUGAAAAUCACCCCACGCGAGAAAAGGCGACAUAUCUUUUCUGCCCACCGCGUCUCGCCUUUCUCGCGUGGUGAUUUUCACGCGCGCCCGCGUUUCGCUCACUCUACUAUCCCUGAGGAAAAAUGGGGGACUACUCGUAGUUUAAGGAAACCCGCACUAGAAAGGAAAAAGGAAGGGGCUUCAGGCGAAUCUGCGUUUACCAUUUUUAUCUUAAGCUUUGAAAAACAUUAGCGUUGAAUUAGAAUAAUGCAAAGCGAAAUGGGCUUUCUCAGAAAAUUUGAGUGGGAAAAACAAGACUGUUUCUGAGUGAUGAUGUCAGUCACAGUCAACCAAUCCAGAAUUAUAGCCCAAAAGUAGAAAAGAAUGCAAGCCAAGAAAUUAAAGUGACUGUCAUAAAAUGAAAGAAGACUCCUGCCAAAAUCUAGCCUCCCACGCAGGCGUUUUUAGGGGAGCUCGUUUUUCAUCCCUCCCCACAAAGGGAUGAAAAACGAGCUCCCAAAAGAACGCCCUCGUGGGAGGCUAGCCAAAAACAUAAUAGCUCGUAAACGUCCCAUAAUAGCCCGUAAACGUCCCCGCGCCUCUAAAAGUCUUCUACACUACGACGACUAUGACGUCAUUUACUAAUUUGAGACAAGAGAACAUAAUAAGCAAGGCCAUCAAAUGCUCUUUCUAGCUCCUUCCGCCGCGAAAUAAUCUAGCCCCUGCAAGGACGUGCGGACAGACGCACUGCACUCUUACAGUAUUUGCAUCAGGUUACUGCGACGCAAAGGCUUAAAAUUAGUCUCAUCACAAUACUAAUUGUAUUGCAUCACAAUCCGUUGAGGUAUCAUUACGCUGUUUGGUAUGAACCCCGGGGGGGGGGUACUUUAGGAAUUUUUGGGUUGGGAUGUGCCGCUGGGACCCUGGAACCCUUAACCUAUACCAGAGCUAGUUCAGCUGAAUUUUGCUACCCUUUACUAGAGUAAACUCCCCAAAACCCCCCUAUCCUAGAGUAGUUGUUUUCCAGAAACUACUGCACAGUUUAGCCAAAAUAAGUUGAGUUGCGUAAAUUUCAACUUGCCGAUUUGAUUUUUUUAUAUGUUUGAGUGGUAAUUCACGGUUUCCCUCUAGUCUAGAUAAAAUCUUCAACCAACUGAUCAGUUUCCUGUAAAAUGAUACCCUAUUCUCGACCCAACCGUUCUGAUUUAGAUACCCUAUCCUAGAGUAAACUGCUCGAAAAACAUACCCUUCACAGCGGCACAUACCUAUAUAGCCCAUAUAUGGCAGUACCCUCCCCGGGGUAUGAACCAUGCCGGAAGAGAGGUGAAGGUGUUUUUCCCAAAAUGGUAAGGAUUUUUUGGAAGAAGAACUCGACAGAGGACAUGCCCUUUGCACACACAAAUUCAGGAUAUCUUAAAACUAUUGGCCCGUCAGUUUUAUUUGACAUGGUCAUGGUAGAAACGAAGCUAACAUUAACAGGCACAAAUAAAAGAAAUCAAAGACUUAUUUGAAGACGGAGAAUAAAGAGUGUAUCCUAGCGAUAUUAUAAUAAAGUCUUAGUAAAGAUGAAUGCUUGUCGUACUAAGGUUUUAUGUUCCUUUUUUUUCAGGCAAUGAGCUUGCUGUAUCCCAAAAUAGUUGACAUGUUCUACUUCGCUGGGGAUAAACACUCGACACCUAACUGUCCAAUAAAGUUACGCCCUAGCCUGAACCCGUCUAGUGGUAUACAGAGUUAUGACAACAGCGAUCCAAUGUGCUUAAAGCCUGCGUUUUAUAAUAUUCCGUUCUUUUUGAGCAAGUUGGGUCCCAGGUUUUCUGAAUGGAGUAUCAAUGCACAUGAAUCCCGGCCUGGACACCACAUUCAGGUAAAUAUUUAAAUAAUCGGUAACAAACCUUAUAAAGCUUCAUCGAUUAAUUCUAGGGCUAUUUUAAAUUGCUUAAAAGAAAUAUAAAAUUGUCUUCAGCAGUUGCUAUUGGUGAUUCACGGAAUGAAGACUUUCUCUUUCAUGCGGUUCUUCUACAAGCUCGCUGAGUUUGCAAGUGCUUGUUACUACCGAACAUAACUAUAGUAAAAGAAUGAGUACAACAAAGCCACCCGUGGCCUUGCUUCCCGACUUAGCGUGUUUUUGUUUCUCGACAGAUAGAGCACUACGGCCCGAGACUCGAGCGAUAUGGCCGCUGCUAACAUAUGCUGUCUAUACUUCUACACAAAAUAGAAGCUUUUCUCUUUUUAUUGAUCCAAUGACCCGGACGAUGAUGCGCUGAAAGGGGAUCCCGAAUGUGUUUACACUAGCUCCACAUUGAUCCCGACACGUACGGACACCCGGCCCGAGCCGAGGUGGCUUCAAAAAUUCUUAAACGCAUAAAAAUUUAAGACCCAUUGAUCCCUGUGCUCGCGAGGAUGCGAUUAUUCAGUUUUCUGUCACUGCAAGGCAGUUCCAUUUAUGAUUUUUGGGUUGAAGUAAUGCUAGCGCUGUGAUUGGUCAGUUACCAUUUACUAUUUGCCCAUGGGUGAUCAUGAAUGCUUACGAGGAACAGCGCGCGGUUAAAGCAGUAGGCGACUAUGUAUUUCUUUACCUCAUCGUUUGCAAAGGUUCUCGACUUGAUACUGAGGGAAGGUUUAGGAAAGUCGUUUAAAAGAACAUAAAAAGGGUUUACAAUCCACAUGGAGAAGGAAAACUAAUCACUCAGCGAAAUGAUUUUUUUGAAAGACCUUUUGCAAAUAUAAAAGUUUUUACUCCUUUGAUUAUGUUAUGAAGCAAAUGGAAAAUGGUUCAGCGUGUACUAUGAGUAAUGGUUCCACUUGGGAGGGUUGCUAAGCUCUCAAGAAGCAAGAGUCUCUUGAGGCGAUAGCCUCUUAUUUCUUGCUUAGCAACCUCCCGCGCACAACUAUAACUCAAAAUACGAUGUUUAAAAUAUGAUAUGAUAUGUGAUAUGAUAUAUGAUGUGAUGUGUUGUGAUAUAUGGUAUGAUCGAUAUAAUGUACGAUACACUGGAAUCUCGAUAUAACGUAUGACCAAGGUACUGGCAAAAUUUGUUCGCUAUAACUAGGUUUCGUUAUAUCGAAGUUCUUUUUCAUAUAUUUUACUUUGACUGGGGCAAAGAAAAUCGUUCGCUAUGCCGAGGACUUCGUUAUAUCGAGGUUCCACUGUAUGAUAUGAAUUGAUGUGACGUGGUGUGGUGCAAUGUAAUGUGAUGUAUAACGAUAUGACGUGACGUCUUGUAUUGUGAUGUGAUAUGAUUUAUGGUAUAGUUGAUUGGAUUUAGAUCCAAGGAGCUACGGAACAUUUUAAGGAUACCUGUGGCGGUGUAAUUGGUUGGUUGGAUUCCAAGACAUCUUACACAGCAUUCACAGAAGGCUGGGCUCUGUACGCUGAAAAUCCACUGAUUUCAGAUGACACAGAUGUUUAUGAAAACGAACCAAUGCAAAAAUACGGCAUGUUGAAGUGGCAGGCAAGUCAUGUUGAAAUGAGAAAACAAUAAGGAAGGCUUUACGGUUUUGAAAUUGUAUGCUUGGCUCCAGUUCUCUAUUGAGACUCAAGUCCUUUUAUAUCCUUCUAAAUAGAUAAAAAUAAAUUUCUUUUAUUUACUCUCGGGGUAUUUAUAGUAUUAAUGCUAGUCGGGCAGAGCAAAUUCUUCAGACAAAUAAAUUAAAUCGAGAAUUCCAACUGGCCGGAAGCGAACCAUUUGGUCUUUACAAGCGUGGUAGAGGAUUUGAACUCGCGAUCCAGCUAGCGGUCAGAGAGGGAAUUGAACUCAGGGCCACCGAAUUGCAAGUCCAGCGCUCUAACCACUCGUCCACGCUACCUAUAUUAUAUUUGUCCUAUAAUCACCUCAAAUGAUAGUUGUUUUAUAUUUAAUUUAUUUUAAAGAGAGAGAACAAGAUGAAGUUGGGGAAGGGGAAAUGUAUCUGAUAAAAAAAUUGUAAUUGUAAAAUUGUAAAAUGUAAUUGUAAAAUUGAAACGAAAAAAACGUUGCCAUUUUUGGUGAAUUCUAGCCAUUUAUUCCUUCCAAACACUUUCUAUGAUUUCUUUAUAAUUAGAUAUGGAGGGCGGUACGGUUGAUUGUAGACACAGGCCUGCAUUAUAAAGGGAUGAAGAGAGACGAAGCUAUCAAAAUGUUUGGAGACUAUGCUUGGGAUGAUUCAGACUUCACGCAGAAAGAGGUAGGAACAGUUAUCUAGUUGUGAUGAUGAUUGUUGUGAUAGUAUGAUGGUGGUGAUUAUGGACGUGUUGAUGGCGGUGGUGAUGUUUAAUGAUGGUGGUGAGGGAUGGUGGCGACGAUAAGAAUGAGAAUGAUGAUGGUAAUGAAAAUGGUAGUGAAGUUGAUAAAGGAUGGUGAUGAUGUUGGUAGUUAUGAUGGUGGCAGCGAUGGUGAUGAUGAUGAUAAUAACCACGGUGCUGAUGAUGGUGAUGGUUUUGAUUGUAAUGAUGGUGAUGGAUGAUGACGAUAACAAAGAUGUUAACGUUGAAGACUAUGACGAUAACUAUUAACUUGACGAUAUAUGAUUCAGCAAAAAAGUAGAAAGUUUUCAGUUAUGCUAGUAGUUACUUUGUGUACCAACCAUUGCAUGACCAGUCAAUUAGGCAAAAAAUCCUUUUACGAAACGUCGUUAUAUUGGUGAUUUAGGCAUGUUUUGACAAGAUAGUUCUUUGCCAAGUAAAGCCACAAAUGAUCCUGAUGACGACGAUAACCGUGAUAGUGAUGAUGAUAAAAAUGAUGAUGACAACGGAUGCUGGUGCAUUAACAAUGUGUUGGCGGCCAUGAAUGAUGGCAAUUAUCGAGGAUAAAAUGAUGAUGUCAAUGUUGACAGUUUAGAGACCUUGCACAGGUUCAAAUCUAUUCGUACCUACUGUUAAUACGUCAUUUCCUUAUUUAUCAGGUUACUCGUUACCAGGGCUGGCCGGGACAGGCAACAGCCUACAUGGUUGGAAGGCUAGGAAUUCUACAAGCUAGAGAGUAUGCAACCAAGGCAUUGGGAGAAAAAUUUAGUCUCAAGGAUUUCCAUUACCAGGUAGAUUGAUCGGUAGUAUUUUAGGAUUUGACACCCACUCACUCAAAGAUCAGUAUCCGCCAGGCCACUGGCGUUCACAACGUACGUCGCGAUCACGUUCAGUUUUUACGUAGGUGCAUCACGUUGCAACCUUUUUUUUUCUUUUUUUUCUUCAUAUCCCGAGGUUUUGUCACAAGGAUCUUCACCUCUUGCUUUCCUCGACGAACACAUUAAGAAUUAUGUCGAGUGCGUGAAGAAACCAGACAAAGAAGGUUGUUCCAGUAUUCUGAAUCCUCCUGAGAGAACCUCAUCCAAGAGUGGCGAUAAGAAACUUGGAAAACAGUUUUAUUUUGAAACAAACAGACAUUAUGCUUAAUAUAAGAUGAUUUAAAAUUGCCCUGAGAAUACCUCUGAGAAAGAAUUUCCGUUUUAUUCUGACAGGAGCUGAAGCUAUGACCUUCUAACUGGGAGACAGCAACAGUUUCUGUAGACCUCUUUAACGUUUUAGUUUUUUUCUUUUAUUUCCAUAAUGUUGUGAAACCUCGAGUAUAACGAACCUGCGGUCUAACGAAUGAAUUUUUUUUGCUCCAGUUAUUUAAAUAGUAAAAUGUAUGGGACAGGACUAGGACCCCACUAAAGAGUCGCUCUAACGUGCCUCCGUUGUUAUGAUUUGCCAGUCACUAAGUCCAUUAAUCCCCCAAGUUCGAAUGAGAGAGUGCAACCCCAUGAACAGUCGUUAAUGCGACCACUGUUGGCCCAUAAAAUCCUGGUCUUAUAUAACGAGAUGGUAUCAACGGGAUCUUCAAAAUAAGAAAAUGACCAGUGUUUCUUAUGUUUGGGUCGAACGAUUGUGGUCAAGAUAACGAGGUGGUCAUAAAGGGGGUGGUCUAAGGCCGGUUUCCACUGCAGUUACUAUUACAUGAGAAAUUUCUGCAAUUUGAUUGGCUUAGAGCAGUGGUAUUUCAACUUAAUUUGAAAUACCUACAUGUGAAAAUUACAAACCUUCUGCGGGUAGUAGUAUGCAUGAUUUGUACGUGAUAUUUGGCAUAAAUACCACUAGUGAUAUUUCAAAAUUGUCUCAAAUUUAGAUUACGAGUAGUCCCCCAUUUUUCCUCAGGGAUAGUAGAGCGAGCAAAAUGCGAGCACGCGAGGAAAGGCGACACGCGGCGGGGAGAGAGAAACGGCUCGUGAAAUUACGUAUAACAAUUUCGAAAUAUCGCUCGUGGUAUUUAUGCUAAAUAUCACUACAAAUCUAAUCUAUAAUAAAUCUUACCUAUACUAACCUUGACCCACACAAGGAAACAAACACGAACUUACAAGAUAAGAUAGAUCUUAAAAAUCUUCACAAUACUGAGAUGACAAAGAUUGUUGGCCUAGAUUUGGAGUGUGUUGUCUUUAAACUGCUCAGUUUAACAUAAAAAUUUCCAAAUGCAUCAUAGCCGCCUUGACGUAGCUGUUUUGAUCAGAAUUUUCACGUUCACUCCUUUGCACGGAACGCCGGCUUUAGGUCCUUUAGCAUUCUUACUAAAGCCUAAGUUCUGAUAUGAUUCAGGAGUUCUCGUUUCAUUUAACUGUAAUCAGUUUCUUCGAGUAAACUAAGUAACUGGGGGUAUUAAAUGAACGGUCUGCACGGUAGAUUGAACUAAAGCUUUUAGUGAUUUCGAUGUAAUUGCAGUGCAGCCAAUAUCACCCAAACAGCUCUUGGCUUACAUGCAACCGCUCACGCCCUUGACAUGCAAGGCCCGAAGCAGCUAUUCCUCUUUCGAGAGCUUCCUUGCAACUGUCCUUGGAAUUAAGGUGAUUAAUAUUUUGAAAGUUCAGCCCCUUUACUCAUUUUCAACCUCAACACAGACAAAAAUAAUAUCAAACAGGAAAAAUGCAAAUAGCUGAAAAUCUUUGCAGUUAUUUGGUAAACGUCACUGUACAAUUAAAUAAACAAUGGAGUUAUUCAAAUAUUAUUCGUAGAUAAGAAUGCAAUCGCUUUUGUCACGCUUUAGGCGUUGAUCUGAAGUAACACGUAUUUCCAUUAACUGUACCAAAACCAAAACUUUUCAAAACCUCGUUCAAAGUUUGUGUAAGAUUCAGGUUGUCAGAGAUGACGAAUAAACAUGGAGAAACUAACCAAAUGAUGGCCGAAGAGAGUUUAAAGUUCCAAGGCAACAAGUUUUCCAAGCCUAGGAUUUUGUUGAUCAUACUCGCUGUGAUUGUUCUUAUCGUGUUAGUGGUGGGAAUUGUGCUAAUAGCCUUGUCAGCUAAAAAGAAAGAUUGCGAUGGAAAAGAGGAGAAACGUCCUGGGAGCCCUGGAGGGCAGACUUCUUCAGCUUUUUGUGAAUACUCUGAGGAGGCCAAACGGAUCGGGCUGGACGACAUUCUGCUUCGCGCGAAGAAGAGCUAUUACGAAAACUUUCCUUUUCAGUUGCCGAAUGACCCUGAUGCGACUCGAGAUGAGAUCAAGAAGGGGUAUAAAGUCUACAACCCUACGCCAGAAUACAUUAAAAAAGUCACGGACGCAGCAAGGAAACUAUUUAAAGAGGUUAACGAAACGAAAGUGGACUCUGAUAAGCUGAAACCCCGGGAGAGGAAGGCGUUAGCACAACUCAAGCACUAUCUCAAGACGGUAUUCGGUCAACCGAUGGAUAUGAACUAUUAUAGCGGACAUUGGAUGACAAAGCCAACAUAUCCUUCACAGAUAUUUAACGUUGGCAAACAUUUAAAUGCUCUAUUGAAUUUGUUUAAGCCUGAGAAUUUGCAAGACGUGACCAUGAUAGAGAAAAAGUUGAUGGCUCACAAGCAGGGGAUUCUGAGGUACGCGGAAAAUUUACGAAUGGGCGUGACGCACGGGAUGGUGUACAGCCAAGAGGCUUGCUUCGCGUCACUGUCCAUCAUGAAAAGCUUUUAUCUCAACAUUGCUCUAAAGAACGCGACAGGUAAGUCUUAAAUUCACCAACUUUGUUUUUCCGCUAGGAUACUAUGCACUUGAUACCAACCAUACAAAUGUUGUCAUUAAAUAGAGUGCAAACAACUGCCUAAUUUGGGAUCGGAACAAUGUCGGAAGUCGGGCGACGGCCGGGAUAAAAAGGUGGCCCUGUAAAGAGGUCACCGAUGACUGAAGCGAGGUGGUCAGCAGAGCUCAAGUAACAAUUCAGGGUACAAACUCUCGCAAAUGGUGAAGACCGUCACUGGCAAUCUGAUGGAAGGAAAGCGUUGUUUGUUCGUUUGGUAACGCGUCACAGAAUAAGUGAAGUCCGCCAUGCAUAAAAAUCGCCAAUACCGUAAUACCGAUACAUUUUUUUAAUGCAGGUGUCUUGCAGGAGAGGUAUAUCACAAGUGUCCUGAACGAUGCUUACUUUUCCAGUAUCACAGAAGACAUGAAUACCACGUGGAAAAAUAAAAAUGGUGGUAAAUCUGUUAAGGAAACUUUCGAUGAGUAUAUUGUGAAAUACAUGGGGGAACCAAUGAAAGAACUACUGAGGUAUAACUCCUGCUGAGGGAUACUUUCAUUAUAUACAGGGCUUUUCUGGGCUAUGGUGCUCAAAAGGGUAUACCCCCUCCUCCUAAUUCUAGAACAGGGUACGAAAAUCUGAGAGACACUCCUAUUAUAUAUAGGGCUACACUGGGUUAUGCCGCUCGACAGGGUAUACCCCCUCCUCUCAAUUUUAGAACAGGGUAUCAAUAUCUGAAAAACACUCUUAUUAUAUAUAGGGUUAUACUGGGUUAUUCCGCCCGUACCCUGGCCUCCCAAUUCUAGAACAGGGUACGAAAAUCUGGCAAAAGGUUUUAGCUAAUUUAUAAUCUAGGACAAGAUUUUUUCCAGUUUUUCCAGAAUCCCCAAAUGACUCACUAUCAUCUACCAGCUGCGUAAAAUCCGCUCCCCGAAUUAAUUUUUUUCUUUUUCCAAACCACAGGAAAACAUUUUAGCUUGCGAUUUGUGUUUUUCUUAUGCAAGCUAGCCUUUUCCUUUGUUUUGAACAGGGUGUAAAUUUAUUUUAUUUAUUUAUUUUUUCCGUCUGAAACCUGUCCAGAUUCUCAGAGACUCAGUAAAAAAAGAGUCCCCGGGAUAUUCACUUUUAACUGUAAAAGAGGUCACGUCCUGAUGCUUCUGGAACUUUUCCCGGUUACAUGUAGAAGCUGAUAAUGGACAUUCGCAAUUAAUCAUUCGUGUAACUUCGGUCUGUUAGUGUUAAAAUUAUUGUCAUGAAUACUCGGAGUUGCUGCCCUCGUGAAGGGAGAUAUUUUCUUUGUUGCUAGCUUUUUCUGGUGAUUAUUAUGAACCUAUGACAGGUUGUCGAUUAUGCUUUUUCUUUUUCUAAGGAACUGAACUGAAAUGGCACUUCAUCUUACAGCCUCCUUGAAGCGCGCGCAUGCGCAAAACAGCGAUCCUGUGGGCUAAAAAAGUUAACUUAGGGGAUUCUAUGAACUUUGUUGCUCAGUCAGAACGAGAGGUGGUGCGGAUUUAUGGAACUCGUGACUUAAGUCGAUUUAUUUUAGAAAUACAUCAGCUUUUCCAAGUGGAUCGAUCUACUUGUCCAUUUUUGGUUGCCUAACGUAACAUAUUGACCUUGAGGUUUUGAACGUACAGUAUUCGAAUUUUGCAGUUAUCUCGAGCAUGACCAUUACCGCCAUUGCGUUCCAAGUAACGUGUCCAGCGGAUUAGCCACCCUACCAUUGGAUCAUGUCUGGGUUGAUGGCAAAGAAAAUAACUCUUGGCCUACCAACAAAAAGCUACCGACUGGUGAAACACUGGACGGUAAAAUGGCCUAUUCCGAGAUCCUCCCAUAUUUUACAACCAAUCAGAUGACCCCUGACGACGUUCAUAGGCUGGGUUUCAAGCAGCUGUAUGAGCUAUACCCACUGGUUAGUGCAAAGUAGAUCGAUCUUGCUGUAACUCACUAUAAGGGCUAUAAUACUCGUCAUAAAUCUUAAAACACCUGUGUGAUUUUCCCCUUCCCCAAUGUUGAUUUGGGUAUUACAGUCGUCUCAGUGCUUCAAAAUACACGUAGCUCAACAUUGCAUGGGGAAGGAGAGGGGCACAUUUGAGUGAGCACAAAUGUGAGAAGAGUAAAUGUAAGACAUUUUCCAAAAAUUCAAGAAAAACGGUUUCUGUUUCCACGAUUUGUGACGAGUAUUGUAAUACCGUGUGGAAACAGUUUGCGCUGUUAUUGGUGACUGUGUGAUCAGGUGACAUAUAUGUACAAAAGGAUGAUGUCUGGUUUGUCAGGAAACAAGUUACAAGUUUAGUCCUGAGAAGCUCAUGCAUGCUUCCCAGGAUUUCACCACGGCAACCAGCCAAUAAAACACAUAAAACGACAUAAGACACUAUAGAAUUAGCAUGCAUGAAAUGAAAUGAAAGGAUAACAGACGAUCUUUACACUACACGUUAUCAUGUGAACAACAAACUCAGACGUCAGACGUCAGACGUUUCGUUUGUCCUUUCUCGAUAGUUGCUUACCCGCUAUCAUUUUUGUUGGCCAAGAGGGUUUGGGGUGCACUAAAUUCUGAAUAUUUGCUUCCGUCUUAGUGGACUCCAGUUCUCGCCCCUACCUAUUCACUUCUGCUAGCAGUGUCGGAUCCAGGGGAGGGGCCCGGCCUCCCCAUAUUUUAGGCCAAAAUGAGGCCCGAAUCGCCGAAAAAAGUUUUUUUGGGGGCUGGGCCACCCGCUUAUCUCAGGGGCUGGAUGAACGCCCCCCCCUCCCCCUAUCUGAAGGUCUGGAUCCGCCACUGGUUAGGUAGGUGGGUAGGUAGGUAGCAACUUUAUUUAACGAGGGUAACACAUGACAGUAAACACUGAUGAACUAGUGGCCCUCACGCUACGGUCCGAAUACCUGUUCCCACUACACCAAAGUGUGACAAGGAACCUAUCUGAUAUGUAACGUUCUACCUUCGAGAUCUGCACGGCGAAGGCGCGGCGCAGCUUCGCUCCGCUACAGAAAUCGCGCCGAAAUCACCGUUCUUAUGGGUGAACAGAUACCCUAUCCGGUAUGGUUAUCGUGCCGGCGCAAAAGCUAUCCCGUAGAGUCAGUGAGCGUAGCUUAAGAGACCAGUUAACGAGCUACACUUAGCUACCCCAACCACCAAGUGUAACAAUUAUCCAGUAUCCAGUGGCAAGUGGUUAAAAAAAAAGCAAUCAAACAAACCAAUAAAACAAAAACCCAGGACAUCAGGAUUUUAUAUAGAAAACAAGCUAUUUAGCCAGUCUAGACCAAUUAUUUAUAACAUCAAUUCCGAAUCAAGUGGA